AUGGGAAAUUGCUGUAAUGCAAAUUAAAUGUUAGAUCGACACAACCCACAAAUUAUUUUAGUUACAGACUAAUAAAACCAUUCUCUUAAACUUGAUGGAGCUGCAACAAAAAUCUAAUCUUAUUUUAGAGGAAUGAAAGUCAGAAAAGACAUUAAAUCUAUGAAAAAUUAAUACCAUUGUAAUAAUGAACAUGCUCCAUUGACUAUGGUUGCUAAGUUAUCUAGAAUGCCUAAUUAUCUUACUGAAAAAACUAAAAAAGUAUAUGAUGAAUAAGGACCAUUUCAAGAAAUCACAGAGCCAGAUUUACCCAAAUUAGGACCAUAUGAAUAUAAUGAUUAAACUGUCUAUUAUGGUCAAUAUAAAAAUGGAUUGAAACAUGGUUAUGGUACAUAAAUAUGGAUAGAUGGAUCAAUAUAUGAAGGUUAAUGGUAAAAAAACUCUGCUCAAGGAAUAGGUAGAUUAAUACAUUGUGGUGGAGAUGUUUAUAUAGGAGAUUGGUAGAAUGAUAAAGCUAAUGGAUAUGUAAAUUAUUAUGUAUAAUAGGGGAACGUAUAUACAUGCAGAUGGUGCUAAAUAUGUAGGUUAAUGGGUAGAUGAU